CAACCUAAGAAGACUAUCUGAUGCAGGCACCAUUCUAAAAUACCACGGUGAGAUAUUUUUUCAGGGCCACCCCACAGAACAGGUUACAAUGCAGUACUCGUCUUAGGAGCGGGGAAUUUAUCGCACGCAUUUAUAAAGAAAGAAGAAGCUCCUUCAAUUAGCGUAACGAAGUGAUUCAAACAUCGCUGUGCUUUCGAUGAACAGGAGCCGGAGGAGAAAAGGGGAGGGGGGCAAAGUUACCGAGGUUGAGGAAAGUUUCAGUUUUUUUGGGUUCAGUAGCAGCACGUGUAGGAAGGAGUGGUCUGGGUCUGGAAUAAUGGAACCUGGGAGACAGAAUGGGAGGGAAACGGGGCUCAGAUUUCAGCCUGACUGGGGGUAAGGGGCCGGACUGAUAUUUGGGAAUAUACGAAGAUUCAUUGAAGGCAACGCGGACAUAAAACUACAGCGUCUGGCCUGAAGCGGUCGGUGCUGAGUUUCUGCUGCAGGUCCGGGUCCUGCCGCUGGAUUCCCCCCAUCGGUUUUUGGGAAGGGUGACUUUCGAAUGGUUCGGCUUUUGUAAUCGGGGACACACACUAAAUACUGAGAGAAGCCUCCGCUCCCUUUGCACCCUUCUUUCUCCCUGAGGGCCCUGCAUGUCUAAUAUUUAGACAUGUUCAGCUUUAUGGAUUCCAGGACUGUACUGCUACUUGUAGCAACCCAAGUCUGUCUAUUAGCCGUUGUGAGAUGUCAGGAGGACGACCAGGAGGAUGUUUUUAGCUGUAUACAAGAUGGACAGCGCUAUAGCGACAAGGACGUAUGGAAACCAGAGCCUUGUCGCAUCUGUGUUUGUGACACUGGAGCUGUCCUGUGUGACGAGAUUGUCUGCGAGGAGCUAAAAGACUGCCCCAAACCUGAAAUCCCAUUUGGAGAGUGUUGCCCCAUCUGCGCUGCUGACCAGUCACCACCCAUUGGCACUCCUGGAGCUAAGGGUCAGAAAGGUGAACCCGGAGACAUUACCGAUGUUGUAGGACCAAGAGGACCUGCUGGCCCUAUGGGCCCACCAGGAGAGCAAGGAUCCCGUGGACUGAGAGGAGAGAAGGGAGAGAAGGGAAGCCCUGGGCCCCGUGGCAGAGAUGGUGAGCCUGGCACCCCCGGAAACCCUGGCCCCCCUGGGCCUCCAGGACCUAAUGGACCCCCUGGCCUUGGUGGAAACUUUGCUGCUCAGAUGGCUGGUGGUUUCGAUGAGAAGGCUGGCGGCGCACAGAUGGGUGUGAUGCAAGGACCAAUGGGCCCCAUGGGUCCCAGAGGACCACCUGGCCCCUCCGGAGCACCUGGCCCACAAGGUUUCCAAGGCAACCCAGGAGAGGCUGGAGAGCCUGGACAAUCUGGCCCCAUGGGUCCCCGUGGACCUGCUGGACCCCCUGGAAAACCUGGAGAUGAUGGUGAGUCUGGCAAACCUGGCAAAGCAGGCGAGCGUGGACCUUCUGGACCUCAGGGAGCUCGUGGAUUCCCAGGAACUCCUGGCCUGCCUGGCAUCAAGGGACACAGAGGCUAUCCAGGUCUUGAUGGUGCAAAGGGAGAGACUGGAGCUGUUGGGGCUAAGGGUGAGGCUGGUGCUUCUGGAGAGAGUGGUGCCCCUGGACCAAUGGGACCUCGUGGUUUGCCUGGUGAGAGAGGCCGUUCUGGACCCAGUGGUGCUGCUGGAGCACGUGGAAACGACGGUUUGCCCGGUCCUGCUGGUCCCCCAGGCCCUGUCGGUCCUUCUGGAGCUCCAGGCUUCCCUGGCUCUCCUGGUGCAAAGGGAGAAGCUGGUCCUACUGGUGCUCGUGGACCUGAGGGUGCACAGGGACCUCGUGGAGAGUCUGGCACUCCCGGAUCACCCGGACCUUCUGGUCCUUCUGGAAACCCUGGUACUGAUGGUAUCCCCGGAGCCAAAGGAUCAGCUGGUGCUCCUGGUAUUGCUGGUGCUCCUGGUUUCCCUGGACCUCGUGGGCCUCCCGGGCCUCAGGGAGCAACUGGACCUCUUGGACCCAAAGGAACAUCUGGAGACCCAGGUAUUCCAGGCUUCAAGGGAGAGGCUGGACCCAAAGGAGAAAUUGGACCAGCUGGUCUUCAGGGAGCUCCCGGCCCACAAGGAGAAGAAGGAAAGAGAGGACCCAGGGGUGAGCCCGGUGCUGCUGGACCCCUUGGACCUCCUGGAGAGAGAGGUGCCCCUGGCAAUCGUGGUUUCCCUGGUCAAGAUGGUCUGGCUGGUCCCAAAGGAGCCCCUGGUGAGCGUGGUCCUUCUGGUGCCAGUGGUUCCAAGGGUGCUAACGGUGACCCUGGCCGGCCUGGAGAGUCUGGCCUGCCUGGAGCCAGAGGUCUGACUGGACGCCCUGGUGACGCUGGUCCUCAAGGCAAAGUUGGACCUUCUGGAGCUCCUGGUGAGGACGGUCGCCCUGGACCCCCUGGCCCACAAGGAGCUCGUGGACAGCCUGGUGUCAUGGGAUUCCCUGGACCGAAGGGAGCAACUGGUGAGCCUGGCAAGUCUGGUGAGAAAGGACUGGCUGGAGCUCCAGGUCUGAGAGGUCUGCCUGGCAAAGAUGGAGAAACCGGCCCCUCUGGACCCCCUGGCCCUGCCGGUCCUGCUGGAGAGAGAGGAGAGCAAGGACAGCCUGGUCCCUCAGGUUUCCAGGGUCUUCCUGGACCUCCUGGCCCACCUGGUGAGGGAGGCAAGCCUGGAGACCAGGGAGUUCCUGGAGAGGCUGGAGCUUCUGGUGCAACUGGACCCAGAGGAGAGCGUGGUUUCCCCGGAGAGAGAGGAGCUGCCGGUCCUCAGGGUCUGCAGGGACCCCGAGGUCUUCCUGGAACUCCUGGAACUGAUGGGCCCAAAGGAGCCAUCGGACCUGGUGGUGGCGCUGGAGCUCAAGGACCCCCCGGUCUGCAGGGUAUGCCUGGAGAGAGAGGAGGUGCUGGCAUUCCUGGACCCAAAGGAGACAGAGGUGACAUUGGAGAGAAAGGACCUGAAGGUGCUCCUGGUAAAGAUGGUGCUCGGGGUCUCACUGGUCCCAUUGGUCCUCCUGGUCCUGCUGGUCCCAAUGGUGAGAAGGGUGAAUCUGGUCCUGCUGGUCCUUCUGGAGCUCCUGGUACCCGUGGUGCUCCUGGUGACAGGGGAGAAACUGGACCUCCUGGGCCUGCUGGAUUUGCUGGACCCCCUGGUGCUGACGGUCAGCCUGGAAUCAAGGGAGAGCAGGGAGAAUCUGGACAGAAGGGUGACGCUGGUGCCCCUGGACCCCAAGGACCCUCUGGUGCCCCUGGACCUGCAGGUCCUACAGGUGUUUCUGGACCUAAAGGUGCUCGUGGUGCUCAGGGGCCUUCUGGUGCCACUGGUUUCCCCGGUGCUGCUGGCCGAGUUGGACCUCCUGGUCCCAAUGGUAAUCCUGGACCUGCUGGUCCUGCCGGCCCUCCUGGUAAAGAUGGACCCAAGGGUGUGAGGGGAGACGGUGGACCCCCAGGCAGACAGGGUGAUGCUGGUCUCCGCGGUCCUGCUGGGUCUCCUGGAGAGAAGGGAGAUGCUGGAGAGGACGGUCCCCCUGGUCCCCUGGGUCCUUCAGGUCCUCAGGGUCUGGCUGGUCAGCGUGGUAUCGUCGGUCUGCCUGGACAGCGUGGUGAGAGAGGUUUCCCUGGUCUGCCUGGACCUUCUGGUGAGCCUGGAAAGCAGGGAGCUCCUGGUGGCAGCGGAGACCGUGGACCCCCUGGACCUGUUGGACCUCCUGGACUCACUGGACCUGCAGGAGAGCCUGGCAGAGAGGGAAACCCUGGAUCCGAUGGACCUCCUGGCAGAGAUGGUGCUGCUGGAAUCAAGGGUGAUCGUGGUAACACUGGUCCUGCUGGUGCUCCUGGCGCUCCCGGUGCUCCUGGUGCUCCUGGCCCAGUUGGUCCCACUGGCAAACAGGGAGACCGAGGAGAAUCUGGUGCACAAGGACCUGCUGGAUCUCCAGGACCUGCUGGGGCCAGAGGAAUGCCAGGACCUCAAGGACCCCGUGGUGACAAGGGUGAGGCUGGAGAGGCUGGUGAGAGAGGACAGAAGGGACACAGAGGCUUCACUGGUCUGCAGGGUCUGCCUGGACCUCCGGGUCAAGCUGGAGACCAGGGUGCCACUGGACCUGCUGGACCUUCUGGACAAAGAGGACCACCUGGACCUGUUGGUCCUGCUGGAAAGGAUGGAGCUAAUGGUCUGCCAGGACCCAUUGGACCACCUGGACCUCGUGGACGCAGUGGAGAGACCGGUCCUGCUGGUCCCCCCGGAAAUCCCGGACCCCCUGGUCCUCCUGGUCCCCCUGGCCCUGGCAUCGAUAUGUCUGCAUUUGCUGGUCUAGGUCAGACUGACAAGGGCCCUGAUCCUCUCAGGUAUAUGAGGGCCGACCAGGCCUCUGGAAACCUUCGUCAGCAUGAUGCUGAGGUCGAUGCCACACUCAAGUCUCUCAACAACCAAAUUGAGAACAUCCGCAGCCCUGAGGGAUCCAAGAAGAACCCAGCUCGCACCUGCAGAGACCUGAAACUCUGCCAUCCUGACUGGAAGAGCGGAGAGUACUGGAUUGAUCCCAAUCAAGGCUGCACCAUUGAUGCAAUCAAGGUCUUCUGCAACAUGGAGACAGGAGAGUCUUGCGUCCACCCCAAGCCCUCCAGCAUUCCUCGCAAGAACUGGUGGUCAAGCAAGAGCAAGGACCGCAAACAUGUGUGGUUCGGGGAGACAAUGAAUGGAGGAUUUCACUUCAGCUAUGGUGAUGACAGCCUGGCACCCAACACUGCUGCCAUUCAGAUGACUUUCCUGAGGCUGCUGUCCACUGAGGCUUCUCAAAACCUCACCUACCACUGUAAGAACAGCGUGGCCUACAUGGACGCCUCAACAGGUAACCUGAAGAAGGCUGUGCUGCUGCAGGGCUCCAACGAUGUGGAGAUCAGAGCCGAGGGCAACAGCCGCUUCACUUACAGCGUGAUGGAGGAUGGCUGCACGAAACACACGGGACAGUGGGGCAAGACAGUGAUCGAAUACAGAUCGCAGAAGACCUCUCGUCUGCCCAUUGUGGACAUUGCCCCCAUGGAUAUUGGUGGAGCAGAUCAAGAGUUUGGAGUUGAAGUCGGUGCAGUCUGCUUCUUGUAAAGAACGAGGGAUCGAAAAGAAGAGAAAGAAGAAGUGGAAAUUUAAAAAAAAUAGGAAGAAGAGCACACUUUAGAUAAAGGAGGAGAGAAAGAGUGAAAAAGAAAAAUCAAGACACUUUUUUUUUUAAAAUGGGACUUUUUUUCUAAGUAAAAAGUGCUUUUUCCAAGUCGAACUCCGUAGGAUAUCUGCACUGAUUGGCACCAGCAACUGUCAUCUGUGAUUCAUGCAGCAUUGCUUCCAGUCAACUCGCCCCCCUAUGGACACCCAGCCUUCCCCAAAGCUCCUGCGCCCCCCCUCACUCCACCUACUCUGCCCUAUGAACAAGAAGGAGGAAGUAUGAGGAGAGUACAGGGACAUGCCAGGGAACUAGAAAGAGAAAAAUGUGUUGGUGUUAUUUAUUUAUUGUUUAGGUCUGGGUCCCAGGUGUGGUAGGACUGAGUUGGUUGCUAAGUAAUAAAAAGCCCACUUACACAUUAUUUAAAAAAAACCUCAUCCACCAACUUCUUCUCUUACUUCCUCCUCUUUACUAAUCACCCCAUCACUCCUGUAGCAUAUCCACUAAAGCAAACAUAUCUCUUUGAAACCAAAAGUCUCGCUAGAAAGUGCAGGUGUUCCUAUUUCUACCACCACAGUGUGUAUCGAAAAGUUAUUGUGUAUUAUAAUAAAAGUCAAUGGUGCUAUUGUUGUAAAACAGUCUGUAUUUUUUAACAACCAGAUACUCAUACAGUGGCUUGUAUAUCUGUAUAUAUAUGUAUAUGUGUGUAUACAUAUAUAUAUAGUUUCUCGGAGAGAGCAUUUCACCUUGGGAUUUUGGAUUUCAGGGUGAUAAAUGUCCCUGCCUCACCCCACACUCCUGCUUCAACCCGCAUGUGAAAGCAAAUGUGCCCAUGAUGAAUUUUUACAAUCAAGGCAUGUCCAAUUUGGGAUUAAUACUGAAUUUAAUUUUCUUGUUAGUUUUGUUUUAGACAUUCUAAAGCUACCUCACACUAAAAACAAAUCAAACUAAGGCCUUUUUCCCCCUGACUCUUUGUAUACAAAUCCCUGUAUCUUAGGUGAAUAUCUAUAUGACCAAAGUGUUUAAGAAUCUUGGUCAUAAAAGCCCAGUCUGCUGCCCUGCCAUUUGCUGUGACCUUUGACCCCUAUCCCUCUCUUCUUCCUCCCAACAGUCCCCUCACACAGGGCGUGUCCUCUGCCUGGACGUAUACACACACAGACACACACGCACACACACACAGAGUCGAAGAGAUUCGUUGUGUGUUUGAUUUUGUUGCUCCCGAUCUACAGCCAGCGCAGAGGGCUCAUUUGUGUGAGGUUGUGUAUAUUUUUAUUAUUAAUAAUAGUUUUAUUAUUAAUAAUAAUAGCAUUAUUAUAUUAUUAUGAUCAUGACUUGUUUUUGUUACGUUUUAAUUAAUGUAAAUUGGAAAUAAAAAACAAAACCAAGUUAACAGGCUGAAGUUGCUUUUUAUUUAUACCCUGAAUUUUUCUCCCCCGUACUGAAAUAUCUGUGACAAUGUUUCUGACUCUGAACCAAGGAAAUUUCUUAUAUAAAGUCACACCUAAAGAUGUGAUUGUCCCCUACUCCCACUGUAUGUUUUUUGUGGCGAUAUAUUUCCAGGGGGAAAAACACCUGAGAUCUCAAGAAAAGGCAGUGAAGAGAUGGAUGAAUGCGGGGUCAUUUUUGUUUGGUGAUUUGUGAAAAAGAAAAACAAAGAAAAAGUUGAAGAAAGAGGUGGUGAAAGUUCAUAUCGUGUACUUUUUUUUAUAUGUGUAAAAUAGUUUUUCAAUCAUUUCAUUAGAGCAGAAAAUAGGAAACACUGGCAAGCAUGAUCAGCUCAUUCUGUGAACUGAUAAUAUCUUCCUGUAUUUUCAUUACUUCUCCUCAUCUUCUUCCUUUUCCAACCCGCAGUAGCAAUAAAAGGUAGAAGCAUUUCUAUGAA